UCGCCACUCCACUCAGGCAUAUCCAUCGCCCUCCAUUUUUCUUUAAGCUGUUCAGUCUCCAUCAGCUAUUGCUAUCGUUCAUAGCCCAUCAAUCUCUAGAGAUACUAUUGGUUGCAACAAUGGAUCUUCGAAACCUUCCUUAUUAUGUACCAAACAGUAAUCCUUUCAUGGAGCUUAAGGAUAUCAUUAAAGAAAGUGCCCUUCCAUUCCUUCCUGCUAAAACACUAAUGAGAUUCCGGGCUGUUUGUCAAGACUGGAGGCACAAGAUUUCGUUUCCAUUCUUCCACCAUUAUCAAUCACUUCAUUGCCGUAGCAUAUCAGCCCUUUUUUGUCAGACUUCUCAAAACCCUCCUGUCUUCAUACCAAUUGAUAUUCCAAAAUCUUGUGGUGUACCAGAUCCAUCUCUGAGUUUUCUGCCAGAGCCUGUUGUCAUUAGGUCCUCAUCACAUGGAGUGUUGUGUUGCCAAGGACGAAAUGGAGACAGGCCCUACUAUUUGUGCAAUCCAGUUACACAACAAUGGAAAAUACUUCCACAACCUACUGCUGAUCACGGAGAUGACCCAAAACUUGUGCUGAUAUUUGAACCGUCGCUGCUCAACUUUAAACCCGAGUACAAUCUCAUUUGUGCCUUCCAUUGUGCUGAUUUCGAUGAAACUGGAUUUGAAAUAUACAGCUCCAAAAAUAACGCUUGGAAUGUUUCUGGGGAGUUUUGUUUUGGAGUUGAAAGAGAUAAGCUGCGGUCUGGUAUUCACAUCAAUAGUGUUGCUUACUGGCCUGUAAAGUCUGGUGGGAUUCUUUCUUUUGAUCUGAAAAAGGAUAGGUCAAUAUACCUGGAAAGCUUUAUGGAUUACAAUGGCUGCAUACUGGGAACAUUUGGUGGAAGGCUUUGUAAGGUUUUUAUCUUUGACAAUGCAAUGUAUGUCAAAGUCUUGAUUAAUAUCCACACAAAUACAAUGUCUUAUGAUGAUAUUCCUUGGGACGAAGACUAUCCCUAUGAAAUGUGGACAAGAAGACCGGUGCUUGAUUCUGAUGACACUGAUAUGCCUUUGGAUGACCUCACCAAAGUUGUUGCUGUAACCAGAUAUACUGUGGUGGUUAAGAGAAGGAACAGAUUUUACUCCUAUGAUUUUCAACGCCAGAGAUCUAAAAGAAUACGGAGCCCGCCAGCUGAAUCGCCUUAUGUGAUAUGUGUGCCCUAUGUGAAUAGCCUUGUUUCAUUCUGA